CUCACACUCCUUUGACCUUUCUACCUCCCCACCCAAAAAAAAGCGGCAAUAUUUUCAGGAAAAAAAAAGAUUGUAAAUUAUACUUCAUAAUAAUUAUUCACAUAAUUAAAGUCACAAAUACAACUUUUACGUUCACAUUUCUUAAUUUUCUAGCUUCUUCCCCCCUAAAUUUUAGAAUUUUGAAACACAAUCUUUGCUUUACCUUUUCAUCUGGGGUAGAAAAAAAGAUAAAGAUACAAACUUUUUUUUCAAACUUUAAAAAUUUCUCAACUUUAUCAAAUUAAACAAUCUAAAAAAGUUGGAAAAAAGGGAGAAAAUUUAAGUGGGUAUUUGCAGAAAUGGCUGGUUAUAGAGCAGAAGAUGAUUAUGAUUAUCUCUUUAAAGUUGUUUUAAUUGGAGAUUCAGGUGUUGGGAAAUCUAAUUUACUUUCUAGAUUUACUAGAAAUGAGUUCAGUCUUGAGUCAAAAUCCACCAUUGGUGUUGAGUUUGCAACUCGGAGUUUGAAUGUUGAUGGCAAAGUUAUAAAAGCUCAGAUUUGGGACACUGCUGGACAAGAAAGGUAUCGGGCAAUCACCAGUGCUUACUACCGAGGAGCUGUGGGUGCACUUCUUGUGUACGAUGUCACUAGGCACGCUACAUUCGAGAACGUAGAGAGGUGGUUAAAAGAACUGAGGGAUCACACCGAUCCCAACAUCGUAGUCAUGCUUAUCGGGAACAAAUCAGACCUUCGUCACUUAGUUGCAGUUCAAAUGGAGGAUGGGAAAACAUUCGCUGAAAAGGAGUCUCUUUAUUUCAUGGAGACUUCUGCCCUCGAAGCAACCAACGUGGAGAACGCCUUUACAGAGGUUCUUACUCAGAUUUACCGAAUCGUCAGCAAGAAGGCCAUGGAAGCCGGUGAGGAUGCAAAUGGUUCCACGGUCCCUGCAGGCGAGAAGAUAGAUAUUGGCAAAGAAGUGUCGGACGUGAAGAAAGGUGGUUGCUGCUCCAGUUAAGGCGCCUCUCCACAAUUAGAUUUGACUAUUAGAUUGGUUAAGGAUCUGCAGCUGGGUUGUUAAUGCUGUACGGUUUUUUUUACACCAUGAUAUGUAUAAUUUCUUGAGAUCUUCCCAUCCUUAGAAGUUAGAGAAUUAUUUGGUUUACUUCAUUUCCCUCUCAUCCCCUUUUUUCAAAGAGUUUUCUGAGACAUCAUAUAUUCAUAUAUUCAAUGCAAUACGCAGGAAAUCUUGUUCAACA